AUGGAGGCAUUACCAAGGUCAGAAGUGUCAUUUAGAAGAUCAGGAUCAUCAGGGCUUGUUUGGGAUGAUAAACUGUUAUCAGGAGAGCUUAAGCCAGUGAAGACAAAAGAAGAAGAAGAAAGGGAGAAAACAGAGCAACAACAAAGAGCAGAACCGAAGCCAUAUAAAUCUGUAGAAGUUGAACCUACUAUCGACCCUCCAUCUCCAAAGGUCUCCGGUUGUUGUGCGAUCUUCAGCAAGCCUGCUAAAUCCACCGGCGCCGGCGCCGGCGCCGCCCACAAGCACAAAACUAAAGCCACCCAUAAAUCAUAA